CAGGGCAGUGAACCGGAUGUUAUAUUCCUACACGCGCAGCAGCUGUCUAAAAAUGAAGUCUCCGUGCUGUCAUCUUAUUAGUAAUAUAUCAAUAAGAGUCAAGUUAUUCAGGUACAUUCUUAAUGGCAGACAUGUGAGUCCCUCAGUGCAUGUUAAGUGUUUGUAUAAUCGUCCGGUUUCGCGAUGUUUUUGCACGGAUCACACACAAAGAUCUAAAUUGUAUUAUAUCACAACACCCAUCUUCUACGUCAAUGCAUCUCCUCACAUUGGCCAUGUGUAUUCAGCAGUGACCGCUGACUGUCUACACAGAUACAAACUCUUACAGGGAUAUGAGUCCAGAUUUGCCACAGGUACAGAUGAACAUGGACUUAAAAUCCAACAGGCUGCUGGACUUUCUGGUAAAGAUCCUCUGAGCUUCUGCACCGAGGUGUCUGAUAGGUUUAAAAAUGUUUUCCGAAGAUCUGCCAUUUUAUACACCGACUACAUUCGGACAACGGAAGAAAGACAUCGGCAGGCCGUUGAACACUUCUGGACGGUUCUUCAUAGCAAAGGGUUCAUCUACAAAGGAACAUAUGAAGGGUGGUAUUCUACUCCAGAUGAAAGCUUUCUUACACCAACUCAAGUCACUGACAGCACAGACUCGAUGGGAAGAGAAAUCAAAAUAUCCAUAGAGAGCGGCCACAAGGUGGAGUGGAUGAAAGAGGAGAACUACAUGUUCCGCCUAUCAAAAUUCCGCAGCGAAUUGCUUAAUUGGCUCCGGCUGAACCCGAAUGUCAUCCAUCCUGUGAAGUUUCAACACUUGGUUCUUCAAUGGCUUGAGGACGAUCUUCCCGACCUGUCAGUAUCUCGUCAGAAAAGCCGCCUUCGGUGGGGUAUCUCGGUCCCUGGAGAUCCAGAGCAAAUCAUCUACGUGUGGUUGGAUGCGCUGGUGAACUACUUAACAGUUGUCGGUUAUCCACAGAAUCACGUAGAGUGGUGGACAGCUGCCCAUCACGUUGUUGGGAAAGACAUUCUUAAAUUUCAUGCCAUAUAUUGGCCAGCAUUUCUCUUAGCUGCUGGGUUACCCCUGCCUCAGAAGAUAUACGUGCACUCUCACUGGACGGUAGAAGGGAAAAAAAUGUCCAAGAGUCUCGGAAACGUGGUCGAUCCAUCGGAAGCCAUGGAGAAGUUUACAGUGGAUGGGCUGCGUUACUUCCUUCUAAGGCAAGGGGUUCCUGAUUCGGACUGUGACUAUUAUGAUGACAAAGUCGUUAAGAUGUGCAACAGUGAACUAGCGGAUGCCCUCGGUGGGCUUUUGAACCGGUGCACUGCUCUCUCACUUAACCCAAAACAGGUGUAUGCGGAGUUCUGCAACACUUGCUUCCCAAAGGAAUCGCUUGAGGGAGGAAAAGCAGUUUUGGAGGACUACAGAAUGGUAGAGUCAGUAUCUGCUCUUCCUGUCUUAGUAGAGCAACACUUUGAAAAUCUACAGGCGUAUAAAGCCCUGGAGGCGAUUACUGCAUGUGUGCGUCAAACCAAUGGGUUUAUCCAAAGACAUGCUCCAUGGAAACUUGACCGGAAUGAUUGUAAAGACAAGCAAUGGCUCAACACCAUUCUUCAUGUAUCAUUAGAGUGCCUCAGGAUAUACGGCAUACUACUGCAACCUGUGGUGCCUGGACUUGCAGACAAAAUGUUAUCAAGGUUGGGAAUCAAGCCAGAGGAGAGGAAUUGGGAUUCUCUUAACUUCCUAGUGAAAUAUAAAGGUGAAGACUGUCCUUUCGAAAGACGAGCGUUGGGUCCUGAUAGAGGAAUACUGUUUAGUCGGCUCGAGAGGAGCAAAGUGAUUCCCAGGAUCGGAACACGACAGAAGUCAAAACCUCACUGAACACCUUAAAUAGAUUUAAGGUGUUAUAAAUUUGGUUUAUAGAGAACUAAGCAAACAUGAUACCGAUAUUUUUUUUUUGGUUUGUGCAAGCAUGUAAAAUGUAAGACAAGGCAUAAAAACUGACAUGAUUUUUUUUAAUGAGAAAUACA